AUGGACAUGAACGAGAGCAGCGAGAAAGGGAUGGAGGGCAAUGGGUCCUCUGGCCCAGGCGGUGGCAUCCCCGUGGAGUGGCAGAGCCAAUUCAGCGGCGGCGGCUUCUCGGCGCACCAGCACCAGCAGCAUCCCCACAUGAUGGACUCCUUCGGGUCCGGCAUGUGGUCGGCGGCCUCGCAGCACGGCGCGGGGUUCCUGGCGCCGGUGCCCGGGUUCCUCCCGCCGCCUGGCCUAGGUGGCCAUUUCCCGGUGGACUCGGGCUUCAUCGAGCGCGCCGCGCGAUCGUCGUGCUUCGUCGGCCCCGGCGCCGGUGGCGGGAUGAUGGGCGCUGGCGCCUUCGGUGGGGCGGGCGAUCAGCAGAUGGGCAGCGCUUUCGGGGAGGGGUACUUGGAUCAUCGUAGGAAGGAAGGCGGGGACAAGGCCGAGCCGGAGCUCGCAGGGAGCGGCGGCGUGCCGAGCUCGGAGGCAGCCGGCGGAGACUGCUCGUCCAAAGGGUCGGACUCCAAGAAGAGGAGAAGGCCCAGCGAGGUGAUGGGAGGCGAUCAGGUUCAGUCUUCCAACGUGGCCGCUGACUCCGCAAACGAGAGCGCCCAGAGCAAAGAUAAAGGCGAGGAGAGCAGCCCGGCGACGGGGACGACGACCGGCGGCAAGUCCAAGGGGAAGGGUGCCAAGGAGAGCUCCGAGAAGGAAGACUACAUCCAUGUCCGAGCCCGGCGCGGGCAGGCUACCAACAGCCACAGCCUUGCCGAAAGGGUACACAGUUUUUGCUCACCGCUUCCUCGUUUGAUUAGCAUGGAUGCAGUAUGUAUGCAUUUGAGCACACGAGUGGUGUUGAAACCAUGGAUGUUUUUAUCCUUUGCGCAGCUAAGAAGGGAGAAGAUCAGUGAGAGGAUGAAGCUUCUACAGGACCUUGUUCCCGGCUGCAGCAAGGUCACCGGGAAGGCGGUGAUGCUCGACGAGAUCAUCAACUACGUUCAGUCCCUGCAAAGACAAGUUGAGUUCUUAUCGAUGAAGCUGGCGACAGUAAACCCGAGGCUUGACCUCAACAUAGAAGGGCUUCUCUCAAAGGAUCUUCUUCGCUUCCCUGGGGUGUCUUCGUCGUCGAUGGGGUUCUCUCCGGAGAUGAUGCACCCGCAGCUGCAGCUGUCGCAGCCGGGGCUGAUGCAGGGAGGCGCCGCCGCCAUGGCAAACUCGGACGUGUUCAGAAGAAUCAUGCAAGCGCAACUAGGAGCAAAAGAUGGAUCCCAUUCACAGAUGGCCCACGCAUUGAAUGGCCCGUUCAGCGAUCACGUUGCGCAGAUGGCGUACCCGUCCAUGGGCUCCUCGCACUCCCACUCGCAGGACCUCAGCAUCAGGCCGUCCCAGGACGCCUACCAAAUGUGA